AUGCAAGGGGAGGGACCUACAAGCUUCCAGAGUUUGGAGGAGGAAAUCCUAUGUUCUAUUUGUUACAAUGAGCUUGAUGACCUGGUCUCCAUUGGCUGCGGCCACACCUUCUGCAGGGAGUGCAUCACAACUUACUGGGGCACCUCACAGCAAUGCCUCUGCCCCGAGUGCCGGACGGUUUGUCCCGAGGAUCAGCUGAUUCCUGUCCAUAGACUCAAGUCUCUGAUCACAAAGAUCCAACAGGAGGUUAAAGGAGAGCAGACCAAGAAGAGAACUUCUAUUGUGGGCUAUCAGGAGGAUAUUGCUUCUCCUUCCGAGAGAACUUCUAUUGAGGGCUAUCAGGAGGAUAUUGCUUCUCCUCCCAACAGAACUUCUAUUGAGGGCUAUCAGGAAGAUAUUGCUUCUCCUCCCGAGAGAACUUCUAUUGAGGGCUAUCAGGAGGAUACUUUAGAGAGCUCUGUCUGUGCCAUUCAGUUAGUGAGCCCUGAUGAGUUUGGUCACCUCCGAGUAAAUAAAGAUGCCGUACAGACCUGUUUUAUGAACAGUGUGGUCAUGGAUUACCCUGUGUGCCUAAUAUGUGUGAUUGGAGAGAGACAGGGUAAAUCUUCUCUCAUAAACCUCAUCCUGAGGGCCCUGUCCUGCCAGGAGAAGGGCCAACCACUAAGCCUGGGGCCAGGCAAUGAGACGCGGAUGGAGUGGAAAGUUGGAAUAAACAAUAUGGCCAAGGGUAUCUGGAUGUGGAGCAAGCCAUUCAUUCUGGAACAUUAUGGAGAAAAGAUGGCGGUGUUUGUUCUGGACACAGAAGACUCGUUGGACCUUAAUAGCUCCAGUGACAUUGGGAUUAGGCUCUCUGCUAUAUCAGCAGUGCUUAGCUCAUAUCUGAUUUUCAAUGUUGACUCAGACCUGAAAAUAACAACAUUGGACUAUUUCAAGAUGUAUUUCCGUGUUACUAAGUGUGUUGAGGAAUCCUUUGAUCUGCAGCCCUUCCAGCACGUGGAUAUCAUUAGAUGUGACGGGGAAGAGUUAAAGACGUGUGGAAAAGAAGACUUGUUGAAUUUUAUCAUUCGAGAGUCUCAGAGGCUGCCAAACCCCUCUCUUUAUAAACUGGUGUCAGAUACCCUGACGGGCCCAUUAGCAGACUGCUCGUACCUGCCCCACCCAGGGCAAAGGUUGUUAAACCCUUCUCGGAGAAGAUCAUCAGAUAUGGAAGAGGAUUCCAGUAUUCUCUUUACAACCUACAUAUUCAACCUUGUGAGAGACAUUUGGCUCCACAAAAAAUUGGACAAAACGGGUGGGAAAGUCACGGGUGCCCAACUGGCGAGGACAUUAAAGAGUGUUGUGAACAUUUUGCAGACUGCAAAACAGCAAUUUCCCUCCCCGUUGCAGAUGUUUUUUCAGUUUAAAAAUCACAAGAACAUGGAAAAAUUGAAAGAACAGUUCCACAGUUUUAUACACAAAAUGCGUGAAGAAACAGAUCAUCUGAUUAAAGUACGGAAUUUGAGGCCAACGCGAAUGGAGUCCAACAUCAAUGAUAUUGUAACCUGUUUCAUGAGCGAGUUUAUAGAAUCAUUGAAAGGGGAUGAUAUCCAAGAGAAGGAAAGGCUUAACAAUGAACUGGAAUCCUAUUUGUUGCAACACCAACAAGAGUUCUGUGAAGACUACGCCAAGAAGUUCUAUAAAUUUCAUAAUCACAAGAUAACAGUGAAUACCAAACAGACCUUUUUGGGUAAAAUAUUUCUAGAGGAAUCGAGAAUGAUUUUUCAUAUCAGGAACCAUGUGGAGCCUCAUAUGAUAGAGAACAAGAUGCACAAUGUAGUCAGUGAAUUUGUAGCUAUUUAUUCAGAGUCUCUUGAAGGCCUUGGAGACCAAAAGAAGCAACUGCGUGUCAAAAAAAUGAAAUCUUAUUUUUUGUCAAAGAAGGAAGAGUUCUGUAUGGAGUACAGCAAGAAAUAUUAUGCUCUUGAAAAUAAAAAAAACAUGAAAAUAAUAAAGAAAGAUUUCCAGGAUUCUCUAAAGGAAUUGGAAAAAGAAACAUCAACCUGUCUGCUGAAGAACUUGAUGAUGACGCCCGACAAAAUGGAGUCCCAGAUCAGCAAUACCAUCCCCAGAUACAUAUUUGCAUUUCAAAACUCACUUGAGGGCGUCGAUAACCAAGAGCAGGAGAUCCUUGUGAACUACCUGGAAGUUUAUUUCACUCAACAGCAGGAAGCAUUCUGUGAAGAUUACCAGACCAUAUCCUAG